GUGGUACAAAAGCACGAGAUCGAUCGAAGCUACACGAAGGAUGGCAGCAGCAGACAAGGGAUGGAUGCCCUUGGACAUCGACUUUACGACGACGGCUGAUGAGCUCAAGCUCGGUAUCGCCAAGAUGCCGGCGGCGUGGACGCUCUUCCUUCUUGGCGAUGGAUCACCGACGCUCCACUUGGGUCUCUUGACAGGGUACUGCGUCACUUCACCUAUGUUGCGAGCUUCUUUAACUGCGCGAUGCCUUCCUAUAGGUAUACGACGGAAGUCGACGUCUUGAGCUUUGACUGCAUUGGCGACUCGCCGGACCAAGCGCCCACCGAGAUCCAGGAUAUUGAAGGCCCGCGCCAUCGUCGUCAAGUCUACCUACGCAACACAAACGGCGAGCGCCUCGGCUAUGCGGCGUCGUGGUGGCACAGCAGCGAUAUCGAAGCGCUCUUUGGUACGGACAAGACGCUGCCGAUCGGCCGUCAAAUCACGACCAAGAAGAAGGAGCUCUUCCGCGACAUCAAGCAUAUCUUUCGUGGCCACUCGGUUGCGCUCGAGAAGGAGUUUGGCAUGCAGGGACCGUUCUGGGGCCGCUCGUACCUCUUCUGGCAAGGCGGCCGGCCCAUCACGCUCAUUUACGAAGUGUUUUCGCCGCGCCUCGAAAAGUACUUGGGCGAAAUUGACGUACCAGCACGGGACGCCGUCGCAGGCACGAGCACGAGCAGCUCGUAGUCGGUAGUUGGAGACGUCAAGACGCAAUCAAGGCCACAUUGUGUUUUUCUAUUCUGCUUCUUCGUC